CUGGGCCGUGGCUACUAGAUACGGCAUGUGCCUAUGCAAAUACGUGCCUAUUCAUGGUAUAUAAGGUUGAUUAGCAUCAUUUUUUUCCGCCGAAGCCAGAGUUUAAUUUCUAAAAAGGAGUUUAAAGUUUGAAAAUUGUAUUUGUGGAAACUAUCAAGAUAUACAGGCAACUAUUCAUUUCCGAGGGCUGUAUUUACGUCGUUGAAAUUCUUCACACAAUUUUCCAUUCCUUUUUUUUAAUUCCUGCUUCUACAAAAAUACAAUCACGACGACUGAUAAUUUGGGACCUGGAUGUACGGACGUUAUGUCCAUGAAUAUAUCAAACUUAUCUUUUCAAAAUUCAUUGGAUCUGGACGGAAAAGUUCACAAUCAAAACAGUGACUCAAAUAGGGAUAUUUUCCAGCGGAUAAAUGCAAUGUUGGAGAACACGCUUGACUUGUCAAAUCUACCAGAACAAUAUGGGAAAACCACCCAAAGCUCUCAGUAUUCAGUGGCAGACUUGUUAGGCUUGAAUGGAAACACUCAUUCGGUUUUUCAAAGUUCCAAUUUACAUCCAUCUUAUGGAAUGUCUAAUGUGAUGUCAAAUUCUAUGCAAAGUGGAUUAUCCAACAUAAUGUCUUCAAACUACAACACAAACAAUUCAAAUUUAAGAAGCUAUGAUUAUGGCAACGUUCAAUUUUCUGAUAACCCAUUAAGCAAGAUGUUACAACAAAGCAUUGGAACAAAUUCCACUGGUCUCAGAGCAAUUAAAGCUUCCUCUUAUCAAUGCGAACAAAGAAGUCCCACUAUUGAGCAGGCCAUUUUAAUGGGAUGUGAUGAUUACCGAACAAGUCGUAGUACUUCUCCUACUGAUUCUGAUACAAGUGGAAUCAGCAGUGUUUCAGAUAUUAGUGCUUUAUCUGACUUAAUGAAUAACCUCAACCUAGGUAACAGCAACAGUACGUUAACUUCAACACUAAAUCUUCCAACUACAGGUUCUCGUCCAGAUGUCGACUUACAAUUGUUCACUCCGCCUCUCUUCUCUGAUAGGCGAUGGUCUGUUAACUCAUUCCUGAAUAACAAUUAUGGAGAUCUUGAUGCAGUUGAAAGGGCUGCAAGACUUUACCGAAAUGCAGCAGCAUUUUGUGAAGCAAACUGUACUUGGAGUGGUCAGCUUCCUCCAAGAAUUCAUAAAUCGCCAACAUACUCAUGUAAAGUAUUUUUAGGAGGAGUGCCUUGGGACAUCACAGAAGCGGGAUUAGUGGAAGCGUUUUCCUCCUUUGGUCCUAUCAAGAUACAAUGGCCCGGAAAAGAAAAUAGAAAUAAUUCUUAUCCACCAAAAGCUGGAUAUGUUUAUGUAAUAUUUGAUUCGGAGAAACAUGUUAAAUCUUUACUACAGGCAUGCACGCAUGACUACAACAAUGGUGGUGGUAACUGGUAUUUUAAGAUUUCGUCUCGAAGGAUGAGGUCUAAAGAGGUUCAAGUUAUUCCUUGGGUAAUUGGUGAUAGUAAUUAUGUUAAAUGCCCUUCUCAACGUCUUGAUCCCAGUAAAACAGUAUUUGUUGGUGCUUUGCAUGGAAUGCUAAAUGCUGAAGGACUUGCCCAUAUAAUGAAUGACUUAUUUGGUGGAGUCAUCUAUGCUGGAAUAGACACGGAUAAAUAUAAAUAUCCUAUAGGUUCUGGAAGAGUGACUUUUAACAACAACAAAAGUUUUAUGAAAGCUGUUUCUGCUGCUUUUAUUGAAAUAAAAACACCUAGAUUUACAAAGAAGGUACAAGUUGAUCCGUACUUGGAAGAUGCCAUCUGUUCGACCUGCCAGAUUCAGCAAGGUCCCAUAUUUUGUCGUGAUGGUUCUUGUUUUAAAUACUUCUGUCGAAACUGUUGGCAGUGGCAACAUUCUAUCGAAAGCAUGCGUAAUCACAAGCCUCUCAUGCGCAACAAGUCAAAUAGUUAAUUCUCUGCUCGGCUAAAUCUUAAUCCAUUUUUGGAAUAGAUAUUUUUAGUUGCCAUAUUGUUUAAUACUUUAUUUGACAAGUCAAGCUGUACUUUAUUUAUGUAAUUGAUCAGUGUAAUUGGUUUUUAUUUUGUUGCAUUGAUUGAUCUUUGUCUAGACUGCAAGGUCAUAACAAAUUUGUUUCCUCCAGAGACGUAAGAUUGCUUUCUCCCCUAUUUGUUCUCUAACUGGAUGUCUUAGACUGAAGCAAUGUUUAAUGCAACAUUUCCUAACAUUGUUUUUUAAUUUUUUGUUUUUAACUCUAACCAUUACUUAGUCCCUUUAAAGUUGUCAUUGUUUUUCCCAUGUUCAUAAUGUUCUUAUUCCAACAAUUCACUUCUUAAAAAAAUUCUUAAUCCCACUUUAAACCUUGUCACUUCUCUUUAGAAGCUUUACCUUCUAUUCUUAAUUGUUCUUAAUUUGUUGUAGUGACCGCAGAAAUCUUUACAACCUUAUUAUACCCCAAAAAAACAAUUCCCAAAUAUUCUGUGUAAGAUUUAUCUAUACAGUUCGUCUGGUUUAUAACCUAUUGCUGUUUUUCCCAACUUUAAUAUAAUCUGUGAUCGUUUUAACAUGGAUCCAGCUAGUCAAGGGUUCACAGGAUUUUAGCCUGCAUGCAAGUAUUACCCAGACUCUAAUCUUAUAUUUAAGAAAAAAAAAACAAUUUAAUACGUGGUCUUAAAAACAAGCUUAAUCUUAAAUGCAUUCAGAUGUAAUAUUACUGUUUUUUGAUAGAGCUGGAGCUGCCAAUCUUAUUUGAAAAUGAGUGGCCUUCAAACCAAAAAACUGUGGUGUGUCAAUUUUUAAUUCAGAGCAAUAGCUUACGGCCCAGUAAUUGUGACAGUGGCCUUUUUUGGUAUAUAUUGAUGUCAGUUCUGCAUAGACUUUAUCAUAGUGCAAUUAUAAAAAAAAAAUUUUUUUUUAGAACUAUGCAGAAUAUCACUUUUUAAUCCUCAUAUCAAUUUGAUGAAAAAGAAAUGAUUGUAAAAUUGCUCUAUAAUUGUUUAUAUGUCAGAUUUCCCAUUAUAAAUUUGACCUAACUAUACUAAUUUUAUUUUUUUUUUCUUUGCAAGCAGCUAUAAUAUUGUCCAAUACGGGUACUUGGCAUUCCAAAAAAAAAAAAAAGAAAUUGAUUUGUGUCAAUGCUCUAAAAACAAGGGGCAUGUUAAUUUUGCUGUUUUGUAAGGGAAUAGUUUAAAUAAAGCAUAAUUUGAGAUGAUGGGUUGUGUUGAAUGUUUAAAAUAGUGUAAGCUCCACAGAAAAAAGAAUUUAGAGUAUUAUGAAUUAUGGAGAGGCACGGCAAGCUACCAUCUUCAAUUUUAUUCUAAUUAAAUAAUAUAUAUAUAUAGAUACUUGGACGAAAUCAUUUAAAUCCCCAAACAGUUUUAAUCAGGUUUCCAUUAUAGAUAUUUAAAUGUGUAUUCAAGUCGUUUUUAUAUACUCGUUUUUGUAAAAUGUUUAAUAUUCAAUUGACAACUAGACUUGCGAGAUAUUUUUAAAUGCUCCAUUUUGCCAAAGUGAGUCAAUUCUUAGCUUUAUCCUUGGUGACACUUCAAAUAAAACAUACUACUACAUAUAUAUGCAAGAUUAAUUGUAAUUAAAUGGCUGUGAUUUGUUACAGAUUGAAUGAAUUAUCUGGACAAUUGUCAUUUGACGGCCUUUUCCAGUAAUGUGUUUUUCAGUUGUGUAAUUUAUUAAAUUUACACACAAAAAAAAAA